AUGGCAUCAAGAACCGUGACCAAAGACAUCAUCACCCUUAAGGGCUCCGCCGCCAUUGUCAGCGAGUUCUUCGGUUCUCUCUCUCUCUCUCUCUCUCUCUUCUCCGUUCCUCUUCUCCGUUCUCGAUUCCUUCUAAUCACUGCUUGAUUUCCUUCACUGUUCGUCUCGUAUUGGUGCUCGCGGAAUAAAGGUUAUGCGGCGAACAGGUAAGAUGAAUCAUGAAUCCGUUUCCACUCCUCCUUGUCCUCUUCGAUCCGAUUCUAACAACGGCGUGAAUCUCAUCGAGCAGCAUCCUCUACAAUCGCGGGGUCUAUCCAGAGGAGUCAUUCGCCAAGGUGAAGAAAUACGGUCUGCCGAUGCUGCUCACCCAGGACGACGGUGUCAAGUCCUUCCUUACCUCUCUCACCACGCAGUUAUCCGGUAGGGUUUCCCCUCAAACAAGAGUCUCCCGAUUAGCCUCCGCCCCUUCCUCCGGGACGAUUAUCUGACGAGUUCUAUCCAUGGCAGAAUGGCUGGAGAACGGAAAGUUGCAGAGGAUCGUCCUCGUGAUCAUGAGCAAGGCCACCUCCGAGGUACUGGAGAGGUGGAAUUUCAGCGUGGAGACAGAUGGAGAGGUCGUUGAGACGGGGUGACGACAGAUAUAACCAACCCCCUCCUCUGCUAGGGUUAGUUUUUUCUCCUGAGAAAUUUUCUUACGGGGGUUGUUGGUGGUGGAUGUGGAUUGUUUUCUUCAGGGUCCCGAGAGAGAAGAGUGACAAGGAGAUAAUGAGGGAGAUCCAGGUGAUAAUGAGGCAGAUCGCCUCCUGCGUCACUUACCUGCCGUGCCUCGACGAGCCCUGUAAACCCCAAACCCUCCUUCCUGAUAACAGCCCUGUAAAUCCCAGUGGUGGCAGAUUCUCCACUGAAACUGCCGCAAUGAGGAGUUCCUCAUCUUCCCGUGGAUGAUGUUUCAGGUGUGUUCGAUGUACUGGCCUACACGGACAAGGACAUGCCCGUCCCCUUCACCUGGAUCGAGAGCGACGCCAAGCUGAUAAAAAACCCGCAGAUGGUCAAGCUUCAUUCCUUCGACACUAAGGUCAGUUGCUCUCUUCUCUCUCUCUCUCUCUCUCUCUCUCUCUCUAACUACUGCCUCCGUUCGCGCAGAUUCACAAGGUGAACACGCUUGUUUCUUUCAAGAACGACGAAUGGGACGAGGAGUAG